CAAAGAUCAUCUCUAACUUUAAAUAGAAAAAAAAAAAAACAGGAUUCACUGCUAGCUAGCUACAGAAGGUUUGAUCACAUGGAAGAUCGAAAAGAGAACAAGAACUCGCCAUGGCUAUCAGUACCACAGUUUGGAGAUUGGGAUCAAAAAGGAGGAUCAAUUGAUUACUCAAUGGAUUUCUCAAAGAUCAGAGAGAUGAGGAAACUUAACAAGAGAGAUGCUUCUCGAGCCAGUCUUGGUAAUGAGGAAGAACUCAUUAACCCUUUUCAUAAUCAACCUCCUGUUGAUACUACCAAGCCUAAGAAGCUAACUACGGUUCACAGUGACAACAACAACCACAAUGAGUUCUCUCACCACCACCCACACUCUCCUUCUAGGAGGAGAGGAAUCUUCAGCUGCUUCAACUGCUGCGUUAAAGCUUAAAGGUGUUUACUUAUUUAUGAUAAUAAUAACAAGGGAUGAUAUUUGAAGACAGAAAUGAGAGAUGGUAGUGACACCUUGUUUUCACAUAUGUUUCUUCGGAUGCAUCAAUUAAAAUAUGUCUGUUGUUUACUUGUGUAUCUAACUAUGUUUGCUAAAAUAUUCUUUUUGUAAUUUUGUUUGAUUUAUGUAGACACUGAUCAUUUUCAUUAUUGUGUAAUGUAGGGAAGAUUUGUGAUACAUUACAAUAAUGCAUCUAGAUUAAU